GUAACCACAAGAGCACUUACACGUUUUGAACAUGGCGGAGUUUGUAUUACUCGAAACUUUAGAGGGCGACUCGGCAAAAGUACACCUACAUGGAGCCACAGUUACUUCAUGGAAGUGUAAAAAUACUGAAAUGUUAUUUGUAAGCAAAAAUGCUGUAUUUGAUAAUAAAAAGGCAAUUAGAGGAGGUAUUCCAAUUGUAUUCCCAAACUUUGGACCUUGGGAGUCUGGUCCCCAGCAUGGCUUUGCAAGAAUAAGUAGAUGGAGUGUUUGUGGUGAGCCUMAGGUUGGUAAGGAAUGUUCUUCUGCCUCUUUUGUCCUUGAAGACUCUGAAACUACUAGAAAAAUGUGGGAUUAUAGAUUUAAGCUGACAUAUACAGUAACUUUGGGAAAAAAUAAACUUACAACAAGUCUUGUAGUUGAAAAUAAAGACGAAAAGCCUUUUGACUUCACAACUCUCUUCCAUACAUAUUUCCAAGUUCCUGAUGUUACCAAGGCAACAGUGACAGGUUUCAAAGGACUCAAAUAUAAAGACAAGGUGAAGAAGGGGGAAAUGUUCACAGAAAAUAAUGAGGCAGUGACAAUUAAUAGUUGUGAAACAGACAGAGUGUAYGCUGAUACACCUAAUAAUCACACCAUUACGGGUGUAGCAGGAGGAUACACUUUAGUCUUGACAAAAGUCAACUUUCCUGACACAGUUUUAUGGAAUCCAUGGAUACARAAAGCUAAAGCUAUGUCAGACUUUGGUGAUGACGAGUAUCCAUUCAUGCUGUGUGURGAGGCAGGAUAUGUUAAUAAGCCUUAUACAUUACAGCCUGGAAGUGUGUUUGAAUGCACAUGCUCAUGUGACUGCAUGUAGAUUAGCAAUCAAUAAKAAUUUGUAAAAUUAGUUUGCCCAUCAUCGAGAAGCCCGAGUAAGAAACUUUGGAUCCCCAACAUCAUGAAACAUUGUAUUGGACCAGGUGGUCACUUCAUCUGGUUGUUUUUUGUUUUUUCUUGUUUGUUUGUUUUUUCUUUUCUUUUUCUUUUUUUCUUUUCUUUUUUUUUAGUUUGUUUUAUGCAUUCUUUUUAGGCAUUAGUGAGAAAUAGAGCAAUGCAUAGUGUCUAAUAUUAUAAUAGAGGUAGGCGCAAUGUAUUUUAUAAUUAAAUUUUGAUAGGAGAACAAUAAAAACAAAAACCAUGUAUACAUAUAAGUCAUAAUGGUCAUAAUAAAGUGUUGAAAUGGUU